AUGGAGAACCCCCUCGCCCCUGCGCCGCUCGCCGCCGAGAGCCCCUCGUCCGCCCGCGACGGCGGCCAGCGGCCCGGGACCCCCGGCUGGCGCGAAUGCCUGCGGCCUCUGCGGGGCGCGCUGCCGCCCGACGUGGGGCGCGAGACGGCGGAGCUGGCGGCGCUCGCGGGCCCAGUGUUCCUCGCGCAGCUGCUGAUCUUUCUCAUCAGCCUCGUCAGCUCCGUAUUCUGCGGACACCUGGGCAAGGUCGAGUUGGACGCGGUUACGCUUGCUGUCUCGGUUGUGAAUGUCGCCGGGAUUUCCGUUGGAACUGGCUUGGCCUCCGCUUGUGACACGCUCAUGUCUCAGUCCUUUGGAGCCAAGAACCUAAAGCGUGUGGGGAUCGUCCUUCAGAGAAGCAUCCUCGUCCUGAUGCUGUGCUGCUUCCCGUGCUGGGCCCUCCUCCUCAACACCGAGAGCCUCCUCCUGUUCCUGAAGCAAGACCCCGAGGUCUCCAGGAUAGCCCAGAUCUAUGUGAUGAUUUUAAUCCCUUCUCUUCCGGCCACAUUCCUGUUCCAGCUGCAGGCAAAGUAUUUACAAAGUCAGGGCAUCAUCCUGCCUCAAGUGGUUACCGGCAUUGCAGCGAACGUCCUCAACGUGGGCAUGAAUGCCCUCCUGCUGUACGCCCUGGACUUCGGAGUGGCAGGAUCUGCCUGGGCGAACACCACUUCCCAGUUCUCCCUGUCUGCUCUUCUCUUCCUGUACGUGUGGUGGAAAAAAAUCCACGUCCACACCUGGGGAGGUUGGACCAGGGACUGUUUCCAGGAGUGGGGCUCCUUCAUCCAGCUGGCCAUCCCCAGCAUGUUCAUGGUGUGCAUUGAGUGGUGGACCUUUGAAGUCGGAACCUUCCUUGCAGGUCUCUGGUCCGGAUUGACGGCCUGUGUCUUCUUUCAAACCCUCUUCUACUUGGUGUACAUCUGGAGGAUAAACUGGAACAGAGCGGCAGAGCAGGCACAGGUUCGGGCCGGGCUGAGAGGGACGAAGGAGGCCGUGCCCACCGCGACAGAUCUGUCCAUCCUAGACAAAGACGUAGCCGAUGGGGUGAUCCUACCUGACGUCAUCCGACCUGAGAGCCAGACCACGCAGCUGGUGGAGAACAGCUCGUGUGGGGUGGCCACCAUCGGGGAGGUCUUGACGGGGGCCCAGCUGAUUUUGUAUCGCGGGGCGGCUGUAGUUUUAGCUUUUGCUGUCCUGGUAGCAGGAAUUUUAAUAAGAGUUUUCACUGACCGUGGCUGAAACGGAAUCACCCCAGCCCACAAACUAGCAGCGACAACGACAUGCCACACAGGAAGCAUGGGAAGUGACCCUGGUCACUGGGACAGUGGUUUCGCUCUCAACUAUGUGUGGAGAGGAUACCAGUGAUGUGUGCUUAGUUAUUCUGAAAGUCUGCACGAUCUUACUGCUUACUGAAGAUUAAGAAAAGAGUUAUAAUUUUAAGUGAACUUUUCUCCCAACCGUUAACUCUAUCAUGGUUUUUAAAUCUGUAAAUUUGGUUUUCCCGGCUUGAAGUGUUCUUUAUGCUGUCAAUAUCUUUUGUCUUCCAGGAAAGCAGGUCCUCUAACAUUAACCGCUGGUCACGUUGUCUUUUUGUUUCUCUGUUACGUGUUCAGUCUUGUUGGUGAGUUUGUACAAAGUGCCGUCUAGUCCGGUCCCAUGUAGUGCCGUGUAAGCUUUUUCUUUUUUGCGGUACGCGGGCCUCUCACUGUUGCGGCCUCUCCCGUUGCGGAGCACAGGAUGCGCAGGCUCAGCGGCCAUGGCUCACGGGCCCAGCCGCUCCGCGGCAUGUGGGAUCCUCCCGGACCCGGGCAUGAACCCACAUCCCCUGCAUUGGCAGGUGGACUCUCAACCACUGCACCACCAGGGAAGC